GUGUGUGAUUAUCACUCGCAUAAUUAAAUUUUCUGUCAUUCUUUUUAUUCUUUGAACAUUUCUUCGUGAAUGAAAGUUUUUUUCCCUGUGAGUGAUAAUUAAUUUCAAAAUUGCUUGUCGUGGGUAACUUGAUGCUACUGACGAAGAAUUUGUCUUUGAAUUUUGAUAGGCUGUGAAGACAUUAAACUGGUUAAAAAGCUGUACGAAACAUUGGUUUGGAUUGAAAUAGUGUCUUAAUCAAGACUUGCAAAUGGCUGACGAAAUCGGUUCCGACGUGUUCGAUAUUUUGAAUCCAACUCCAGUUCCUCUCAGGGAGUUAUCAGCGAUCGCCAUUAGCCUCGAAAUAUGGCGCUGCGAAAUAAAUAAAUACCGUUCGAGCGAUACAUUGAAAGAGUUUCGUCCAUCUGGUGAACUUAUCUCAUUGAAAACCAUACUCGUUCCUGAUUUGCCUUCUGUGAUUUAUCCUAUGAUUGAUAAAUAUGUGAAAAUAUUCGGAGAUUCGAUGGAGGGCUGGCUAGAGAGACAUUACGGAAGAAUAUUUGAAUUUCAAUACGACCAUAAAACCUGUAUAUUGAAAUACUUCGAAGAUUUCGUGUGCGAUUACGACGGAUCCAUUCAUUACGGGAGGACUGCCAAACGUAUGAUGUGUUGUGAUCGAUUUGAUCCGAAUCAAAAAUUUCUAAUCGCUUGUACGUAUUGCUUCGAAGACAAUAUCAAACAGUUUUAUCCACUUCUAUCGAAUGAGUCGAUCUUGCCGAAAAAUUCUACUGCUUACCGCCUACUCGUUUACUGGACAGUUGUUAUUGAAACUCACGAUCAGGCAGCCAAUAGUGUCGCAGAAAGGAUGUUUGAUGAAUCUAUGCCUCACAAUGGACUAUAUUUGGAAUAUUUUUGGAAUCGUAUUCCACCUGAAAAUCGUUUACAAAAAGCUAUCGAUGUUUUCGUCCGUGAUUUACGAUCGUUUGUUCGGUACAUUUUACCAAAAUUGAACCGUCAGCAGCUCGAUGAAUUUCUUAAUGAGAAAGGUUGCGAAUUGAUGUAUACUCUGUUGGAAAAGUCUAUUUAUGAUGAAGAGUUUGUCUUACGUACGUGGGCAUACGUUCAAAAUGCGAUGAGCGAGAUUGCUUUUACAAAUCUGCUCGUGAAAAUAUUGCAAUAUGAGUUUAUGGGUUUCUUCACUUGCUACGAGAGGCCAAACUUUUUUCACUUGUGUUUUGAAGUAUGGAACAGCACUCCGGAAACCCUGAAACGUUCAGCUGUUGAAAAAAUCGCAUCAACUGAGAAAGUAUAUCAAGACAAUAUCAUGAUUAGCUAUCCGCCGCGCUGGAGAGAGUUGAAAUUCAUGUUGGCUAUUCUUUCAUACGCCACUUAUGAGCAGAGAAACGCGUUUUGGCGCAAUGGCUGGCAUUAUUUGAUUUUUAAAAUCCGAGGAAAAGAUUUGCAUGAAAUCAUGAAGCUGUGUUUUCAAAACGAAGAUGAGAUUACUGAAUUUAAAACAAACGUCAUGGCUAAUAACAACGUGGUCCUUGCGUUGUGCGGAAUACUCCUGGAUAAAGCGUAUUUUAACGAUGUGAAUGAUGUUGUAUGCUUUUUACUGCCCGAAAUUGAAACAGCGAGAAACUUCAAACAGAAAUUAUUACGGCUUACGUUUCCCAUUGAUGGGCAAUGGAAUUUUGAUCCGGUAUUUAUCCGGAAAUCAGUAGAAUUCGACGAGUUUAUCAGUGGAGCUUACAACGACGUUGAUGCCGCCUUGAAUUUUAAAAAUCAACUCACGUCGUCACCUUUAAUCCAAAAACGAAUAUUGGCAUGCGCUUCAUUUGUUCCUAUUGAACAGCUUAUCAAAUUUACUGACUUGUUUGUUUCAAAUGAAGAAUUCCUGCUGCAGAUAGAAACACGUGCAGCUGAUUUUUCGAAAAAAAGAAACGAUUUUCGUGAAUCUACGUAAAUCAUAUACGAAACUUCUUUAUCUUCUUUUCUAUUAUGGCGUUAAGGAAGCGACGAGGAAGUUAUGUUAUUCAAGCUGAAGUACUUGUAAUAAAAGUUCAUUUCAUUGUAUAUAUUAUCCUCAUGUUAUAAAAAUAAUGUGUUUUUUAAAAUUUUGUUUAAUUGAUGAUAUUAUUUUUUGGUGUUUUUUGAAUAGUUUAAUAUAAUUUUUGCUUCGUGUGUAUGGAUGAUUAAAUUAAAUUUACAUACUGCGCUGUAGUGUCUGGCAAAUUGAUUUUAAAUUUCUAUUCCGAUUGGCGGUACUGAUGUUCUCGACUACUUAUUGAUGGCUUAUUCCUCAUCACUUGAACCAAAAAUGAAUCGAUUUUAUAGGUAAACUAUGAUACUUUUUUCAUUAUUAUAGAGUUACUUAAUAUACCUAUGUACUUUUUAUUAUGAUUAUUUUUCCUAUUCUUAAUUUUUUUUUACUCGUUUUAUGUGAACAAUAAAUCACAAUGUACUGUU